CUUAUUAAAUAGAUAUUCUUUGAAGCAGUGUAGUAGUAUCCUAAAAUGGAUCAAGUGGACGAGAUAAUUCUGAUGUCUCUGCGUCGCCUAGGGGUGCCAUUUGCAGACGACUCAGUCAGCAAGAUCCAGCAACUGGACUCGGACACGAUAGUGCACGCAGUGGUCAUGUGUGUGAACGCAAUUGACCCCGAAUGCGAGGGCAAGUACCCGACUAGAUUACCCGAGAGUAUGUCGCUGCGAUUCAGGAUGUGUUCGGAGAUAGCUGAGAAGAUCAAACAUCUCGGGUACAAGUCGGACAUAGGUUAUCAGACCCUUCUAUAUCCAAACGAAACAGAGCUCAGGCGUCUGUUCAUGUUCCUGGUUGAGAACCUUCCACGUGACCAACUGGAUACUUCGGCUACCUCUGCUUCAGAAUUUCUGGACCCUACGACACGACUCAAACUGCAACUGGCCUCUGUACUCCAGAAGCAAAUACAGGAACCCUGGAAACCCCACUACUUAGGCCCCAAGAACAAACAAGCGCAGCGAGUGUUCAGAACCCAUUGUGACAUGUGUUCCAAGGAGGAGCUGGAAAUAGGAGAUGUUUCUAAAAAGGGGUUGGUGCCUGAGUUAGUGGAGCUCAAUAGUGUGUGGAGUGAGAGAGAAGGUAGAAGAAGUGUGACUAAAGUGGAUUCUGACGCCAUGCGAGCAAAGAUUGAAGAGUUAGAGAAUGAAAUGAAAGAGAGGGAGCAGGAGAAGUUGUUGAGUGCGAUGAGUAGAAUUCAGUCGAUGAAUGAGGAUGGUCUCCUGAAGACACCCAGAGGAGUGGAUGAGACAGCAGAGGGAGAGAUGGAGAGACAGACUGAGUUGAAUGAACUGCAGACGCAAUCCACCCAACUCACUGACAAGUACGGAGAGGCGUUGCGCAAAAUAGAGUCCUGUAUCGCUAAGACCAAGGCGGCAGUUGACCGAAUAGAAGAGCUGAGUGGAGACCUGAAAAGCAAGGAAGCCAUGUACAAGUCCAUGAAGAAGACAUUCGACCUCCUACCCACUGCUCAGGAGAGCAUCGAGAGACUUGAGUCGUUUCUGCAGUCGGCAGAGGAGAGGAUGACUAGUCUGCAGAGUCAGUUCGAAGCACACUACUUGCCACUACAGAAAGAGAGAGACCAGUUGAAGCAGCAGCUGGAGAAGGAAGUCACACCUGCGCAGAAGAUGCAGAGAGAGGUCAAUGAAUUAGAGGCUAAGUUACAGCAAUUGUCCAGUGUGAAUAAGGAGAAAGAAGAGGCCAUUCGGAUGUUGUCCUCGGAGACGAAGAGCGUCGAUCAGACGAGAUCCAGACAGGUCUUCACCGACAAGAUAUUCGACAUCAUCGGUCAGAUUCACAAGCAGAAGUUGGAGAUUGACAAGAUCAAAGUGGAGAACUAUGACCUGAUGAGAGAUGUGGUGUCCCUCAAUGGGAAACUAGACAGAGCAUUCCACGUCACAGAUGAAAUCAUAUUCAACGACGCAACGAGGGACGAGACAGCGAAGAAAUGCUACAAGCUAUUGGCAACAUUGCAUGAGAACUGCCAGGCUCUGCUGUCGGGUAUUGAUGAGACAGCCUCUCUGAAUAGAGAGGUCAGGGAACUGGAGGACCAGAUAGACCUGGAGAGCAAGAAGAAGACUGUAAAGAACCUGGAGAAGAUGAAACAGGACUUGGAACAGGUGAGGCAGGAGAAGAAAGAUAAGUUGGAGAAACAAAGACAGAUGCAGAGAAACGCAUACAUGUCCACGGGUAGUCAGAGGGAAGAGAACGAGAACGGUCGCAGUUCAUCUUCAGGUGGUGUUGGAAAAGCAGGUGACGAUAGGGGGUCCAAAGAACCACUACAUGCCAACACAGAAAACGACAAUGAGACUGAGCCCCAUAUACAACACGAACCUGUAGCUGCACCCCGCUUUGUUCAUCCUCUUGAUGCUCUUUCCUGAUUGAAAAACAAAUCUCAAUCUAUAUUUGGUGCUAAAUUUGUUUUUAUGUUCUUCGAGUUUGUUUGAUAUAAUGUUAAAAGAUACGACCGUUAGUCUAGCAAAAUAAUGUUUGUGUCUUGAAAUUGGGAAAGCCAAUUAGAGGUUCGUCAUAAUUUAUAAAUUUCCUGAAAACCUUAACAGUGAAAUGAUCUUGAAAUUAGAAACGGAGCAGAAAUUAGAAGUCUUUUCACACCUUAAAAUUCUUCAUAUUAUGUUUUUUGUAGCGCGACGAAGAUAGUAAGGUUGGGCCCAGCAGGCGUUAACUUGUGUUGUAUUUGUGGGUUGUUUUUUGUUUUAUCUAAAUAUGUCACGUAUCAACUAUAGCCUCAACUCGUUUUAAUGACAGAUUGCCAAACUAAUGUCAAAAUAAAUUUAAUGACAGAUUGAGUUAUAAACACGCAUAACUUAGAAAUUUAACUGAAACUAAAGUGAAACGUUCAUUUCAACUCAAGGUGUUCUCGAGAACACCGUCGGAUCAUCGAAUAUUUCAAAUGUUACAAAAAUUGAGUAAAUAGUUGUGCGGUCAAUCUUCUUUAAUCGAGUUAAAAUGAUUCGGGCCAUAACAUUUUAUUAGCAUUUUCGGCUAUACAAACCAUUCGUGUCGUAAUCCGUAAAAAAAUCUGCUAUAAAUCGCAUUCAUAACAUUAACUUUUUCGGUACAAAUUUUGAAUGAUGAAUUGGCGCAAAUUAGCCAAAAAAACCGGUGAUUGUCCUUGAGACAAAUUGCUCUAAACCAAAUUAGAGCGAAAAAACUGUUGAAAGCGGUCAAAUGCGAAUCUAGCCCCUCGAGUUUACAUAUAUUACGGUCUGGGUAUGGGGGAUUCGAACCCGGUUGACCGGCGUGAGAGACAAGUCUCUUGGCCGCACGACCAUUAGUUCUUAUAAUUAGAAAUAGCACGCUAAAUUAUUAUUUGCAUUUGCGGAAGAACAGGAGCCAGCUUUACUGUCGGGCGGGUCAGGUCGCUCGUAAAGGUCUUUAUGUCGGCGGAUCGAGCGCAGCUGUCCUUGCCAUAGUGCACUUUGAUAACAUGGGCGAGUGGGUAGUGCCCACGUGGAAUGUUGGGCUCAACGAACCAAACCAAGUCCCCUGUUUUCAACGUGACGUCCGAAUUGUUCUGCUACUUUGAUCUUUUA